AUGGGCAAAACCGCUGUGAAGCUGAGUACUAAGAGAAAGGCUGUUGCUGUUGAAAGCAGGAAGCCUGUUACCAAUGGCAAGUUGAAGAAGGCAAAGAAAGAGGAAGAGGUUGUUGAAGAGUCUGAAGAGAAUGAAGAUGAUUUUGCUAGCAGUGAUGAUGAGAGUAUCAACCUAAGUAGCGAUGAUUCCGAUGAGGAUGAACUUGAUAAGGACGAUGAUGAGGAAGAUGAGUUGGAUCAAGAUGAAGAGGUCGACGAAGAAGGCAACGGUAGCGAAGAUGGCGAAGAGGAUGAAGAGGGACUGGCUGACGACGGUUCCAAGACUGCUAGAUCUAAGGAACAGAGAGCUGAACAAAAGAAACUGCAACAAGAACGUAAACUCCAACGUAGUGGUGGUGUAGAGAUUCAACAGAUCAAGAACAUCUGGGAAAGACUGAGAGUAAAGACUGGUGUCCCCACUGAAGUCCGUAAGAAGUUGGUGGACCAAGCAUGGGAGCUGUGUCAUGAUAAAGUCAAAGAGCUUGUUUUUAAGCACGAUGCUUCUCGUGUUGUUCAAACUAUUUUCAAAUAUGCUGACAAGGAAAAGAGAUUAGCUAUCACCAAGGCUCUCAAGGGAUCAUAUGUCGAACUGGCCAAGAGCAGUUAUGGUAAAUACUUGCUUGUCAAGCUUUUACACUACGGAUCUAGUGACGUUCGUGAUGGUGUUCUCAGUGAAAUGCAUGGCAGUUUCAGAAAGCUCAUCAAGCACAAGGAAGGAGCCUAUGUCAUUGAAGAUGCCUAUAGAGACUAUUCAACAGCUGCUCAUAAAUCGCAAAUCAUUAGUGAAUUCUACGGAUCGGAAUUUGCCAUUUUCAAGGAUAUUGCCAAAGACAAGUCACUUGAAGAUAUCAUCAAGGAGAACCCUGAUAAGCGCCCCUACUUGAUGAAGAACUUGAACGAGGUUAUCACCUCUGCUGUCAACAAGGGCUCGAUUGGUUUCACUAUCAUCCAUGCCGCCAUGUUGGAAUAUGUGAAAAACAUCGAUGCCACUGGAUCUGAAAGAGAAGUAUUUAUUGACCUUAUAACCGAGCAAUUCGCAGAGAUUGUCCAUACCAACGAAGGUUCUCAGGUCGCCUGCCGUGUUCUCAGCAUUGCCACAGCCAAGGAACGUAAGGGUCUGGUUAGGAGUCUCAAGCCAUUUGCCUCCAAGCUGGCAUCUGACGAGUACGGUUACCUUGUCCUUAUUGCACUUUUCAGAUCUGUUGAUGAUACCGUUCUUGUAUCCAAGUCGUUCACAGCUGACCUCAAGGAGAACAUCAACUCACUCAUUGUGUCGAAGACUGGACGUAGAGCAUUCCUAUAUCUUUUGUUAGGACUAUCACCACGUUAUUUUACACCCACUAUCAUUAAAAAGUUCAACCAGCUGGACGAGUUGAAGGCUGCUACAUCUAAGAAAGACGACGAGGUCAGAAGAACUGAGCUUUUGAAAGCGUUCUCACCUCUGUUUUUUGAAGCCAUCAGUGCCAACACCCGUACCAUUCUCAAGGAAUCGCUAGGUGCUCAGUUUGUUGCUGAGGCUCUUUUAUACGGUAUUGGCGAAGACGACCGUCAAAAAGCUCUAGAGUCGGUUGCCAGUGCAUUCGGUGACUCAUCUCCAGACGCCGACAACGGCACUCAUUUGAUUCACGAGCCAUUCUCGACCCGUCUACUGCGUACUCUGGUGCAAGAUGGACACUGGGACGCUAAAGAGAAGAGAGCCAAUGUUGUUUCUUCUCCCACGAACUUCAAAGCUCUUCUCCUGACCAAGGUCUUGGAGUUUCCUGCCGAGUGGGCCACUGGUGAUGGCUCGUUCGUGGUAGUAUCUCUUGUCGAGAACCUCGAAUCCGCCGAUAAGGCGACGCUUGUCAAGGUCCUCAAGAAGCACAAAAAGGCCAUCACUGCUGCCUCGGCUGACAACAAAGGAGCCAAACUACUCGUUGAGCAUUUGUAA